GUUUAUCUGUUUCUUGUCGGCUCAUGAUACAUAAAGAUCCCACUUGCCAUCACUUGGACUUGUCUCUAUUUUUUUACUGAUUUAUUUACACCUAAAUUCUAAUUAUAGAAACUAAUCCAACGACAAUACCGUUACAAGUUGCUUAUUGGAGAUAUCAAAUGCUACUUAAGUCCUAAACACUAUAUUUAGUAUUUAAUACUCCAAGAAACCAUAUACCAAGAUUGUAAUAAACCAAACUUAAGACUAACUAACUAAAUCCUAGGUAGCACCGAUACAUACAUGCACCGGGACACUUGGAUCUAGAUAUAGAUACGAAAACAGUAUUAUUUUAAGGUUUUUUUAUGUUAAAAUUGAAGAUCUGUCAGAAAUGCCAAAUGUCCGACACAUUUUCGAAACGGGAAGGGUUCGAAACCACUAAAGUUUAAAUCUUUUGUUGAAAGAAACCACUUUGGUAAGCUGAAAUGUUUGACAAGAGUCAAAUUGUUCCAACUUUAUGGUCUGUGUAUGACAGCAAUUCGAAUAGGGUUUGGUUUUGUAAUGAGCUAAAAUUAGAAAGUUAUGAUCUUUUCGAAGUUGGGUUCGAAGAAAACGAUAAAUGGUUCACUUAACCGACACAUGAAGACAGUAACUUCAGUCAUGGAGGGUGAUGCAAGAGUUAGAUGGGGAAAAGGAAACCUACCCACAAAAGAAAGCUGUGGAAUUUUUAAUGGGGGAUUGGCAGGUGUUGGAGGGGGUCACACACAGACAUAAGAAGCGGUGAUCGAGAUUUUGCUUUGAACACUAAAAAAUUUCUUUGAUUUGUUUAAUUGGUUGGUAAAAGAUUGGUUGUACUUUCUUGGAUUCUCAUUUCAAAGUUUUCUUCUUCUUUCUUCUUCUUUAAGUAGUUACUUUUAUAUAGCCUUAUCAGUUGGACUACUCUGGUUUAAAGAUUGUGCUAAGUAAGAGUGGGUGAAGAUGUCUUCCUCAAGACCAGCUCAAUCCUCAUCUGGCAGUUCUGCGAGAUCAAGACACAGUGCUAGGAUUAUUGCUCAGACGACAGUAGAUGCAAAGCUUCAUGCGGAUUUUGAGGAGUCCGGUAGUUCGUUUGACUACUCAAACACAGUGCGUGUCACCAGUUCCAUUAAUGGUGAUCAACCACCGAGGUCGGACAAAGUAACCACAGCUUAUCUUCAUCAUAUCCAGAAAGGGAAGCUGAUCCAGCCUUUUGGUUGCUUGCUGGCCUUAGAUGAGAAAACAUUUAAGGUUAUUGCAUAUAGUGAGAAUGCCCCCGAAAUGUUGACCAUGGUUAGUCAUGCAGUGCCGAGUGUCGGGGAUCACCCAGUUCUUGGAAUUGGAACUGACACAAGGACCAUCUUUACAGCACCCAGCGCCUCUGCCUUGCAGAAAGCUCUGGGAUUUGGUGAUGUCUCUCUUUUGAAUCCCAUCUUAGUUCAUUGCAAGACUUCUGGGAAGCCCUUUUAUGCUAUUGUCCAUCGUGUAACUGGUAGUUUUAUAGUUGAUUUUGAGCCAGUAAAACCUUAUGAGGUCCCCAUGACUGCUGCUGGGGCCUUGCAGUCAUAUAAGCUGGCCGCUAAAGCAAUUGCUAGGUUGCAGUCAUUGCCUAGUGGGAGCCUGGAAAGGCUCUGCGAUACCAUGGUUCAGGAGGUCUUUGAGCUUACUGGUUAUGACAGGGUGAUGACUUAUAAAUUUCACGAUGAUGACCAUGGAGAAGUUAUAUCUGAGGUUACAAAACCGGGUUUGGAGCCUUAUCUGGGUCUGCAUUAUCCAGCCACUGAUAUCCCUCAGGCUGCGCGCUUUUUAUUUAUGAAAAAUAAGGUUCGAAUGAUUGUUGACUGUCGUGCAAAACAUGUCAUGGUGAUACAAGACGAGAAGCUUCAAUUUGAACUUACCCUGUGUGGAUCAACCUUAAGGGCCCCACACAGCUGCCAUUUACAAUAUAUGGAGAAUAUGGACUCCAUUGCUUCUCUAGUUAUGGCAGUUAUAGUCAAUGAAGGGGCUGAAGAUGAUGAUGCUCUUGUGCAACCACAGAAAAGAAAGAGACUUUGGGGUUUAGUAGUAUGCCAUAAUACUACUCCGAGGUUUGUUCCAUUCCCUUUAAGGUAUGCUUGUGAGUUUCUAGCUCAAGUUUUUGCUAUUCAUGUGAACAAAGAAUUGGAAUUAGAAAAUCAGAUUGUUGAAAAAAACAUCCUGCGGACGCAGACACUCUUAUGCGAUAUGUUGAUGCGGGAUGCGCCUUUGGGAAUUGUGACACAAAGUCCAAACAUAAUGGAUCUUGUAAAGUGUGAUGGGGCUGCAUUGCUGUACAAGAACAAGAUAUGGAAGUUGGGAGCGACUCCAAGUGAUCUCCAAAUUCAAAAUUUAGCCAUGUGGCUUGCUGAAUACCAUAUGGAUUCCACAGGUUUGAGUACAGAUAGCUUGUAUGAUGCAGGGUACCCAGGAGCUCUAUCUCAUGGGGAUGUAGUUUGUGGAAUGGCGGCUGUGAGAAUAACUUCCAAGGACAUGCUCUUCUGGUUUCGGUCUCAAACUGCUGCAGAAAUCCGAUGGGGUGGAGCCAAACAUGAACCUGGCGAGAAAGAUGACGGUAGGAAGAUGCAUCCAAGAUCUUCCUUCAAGGCCUUUCUUGACGUUGUCAAGACAAGGAGUUUGCCUUGGAAGGACUACGAAAUGGACGCAAUCCAUUCUCUUCAGCUUAUACUGCGGAAUGCUUUUAAAGACUCUGAAAGUAUGGAUAUGGAUGCCAAAGCAAUUCACUCGAGGCUCAGCGACCUUAAAAUUGAAGGGAUGCAAGAACUGGAAGCAGUGACUAGCGAGAUGGUCAGAUUAAUUGAAACAGCCAGGGUGCCGAUUUUGGCAGUUGAUGUUGAUGGGCUCGUGAAUGGGUGGAACACAAAAAUUUCUGAGUUGACAGGUCUUCCUGUUGACAAGGCAAUUGGAAAGCAUCUGCUGACGCUUGUGGAAGAUACCUCAAUUGAUACAGUCAAAAACAUGUUGUUUUCUGCAUUGCAAGGCAAAGAGGAGCAGAACAUCCAAUUUGAGAUCAAAACUCAUGGAACCAAGGUGGAAGCUGGGCCUAUCACUUUAAUUGUAAAUGCUUGCGCAAGCAGGGACAUUAAUGAAAAUGUUGUUGGUGUGUGCUUUGUGGCUCAAGAUAUCACGGGCCAGAAGACAGUUAUGGAUAAAUUCACCCGAAUUGAAGGUGACUACAAAGCAAUAGCACAGAACCCAAACCCAUUGAUCCCUCCUAUAUUUGGAACAGAUGAAUUCGGCUGGUGUUCAGAGUGGAAUCCGGCAAUGACAAAAUUGACUGGUUGGAAGCGAGAAGAAGUGAUGGACAAAAUGCUUUUGGGGGAAGUUUUUGGAAUCAACAUGGCUUGUUGUCGUCUCAAAAACCGAGAAGCCUUUGUAAAUCUCGGUGUUUUACUUAAUAAUGCCAUGACUAGCCAGGAACCUGAAAAGGUUCCUUUCUGCUUCUUUGCUCGGGAUGGAAAGUAUGUGGAGUGCUUGUUGUGUGUGAGUAAGAAAUUGGAUAGAGAGGGUUCUAUUACUGGAGUCUUCUGCUUCCUGCAACUUGCAAGUCAAGAGCUGCAGCAAGCACUUCAUAUCCAGCGAUUAUCCGAGCAAACUGCUUUGAAAAGAUUGAAAACAUUAGCUUACAUAAAAAGGCAGAUAAGGAAUCCUCUCUCCGGGAUUACCUUUUCUCGCAAAAUGUUGGAGGGUACUGAGUUGGAUGCCGAACAAAAGCAGCUUCUGCAUACUAGUGCACAGUGUCAACGCCAACUCAGCAAAAUUCUUGAUGACUCGGAUCUUGAUAGCAUCAUUGAGGGGUACUUGGAUUUGGAAAUGAUCGAGUUCACUCUGUAUGAGGUACUAGUUGCAGCCAUCAGUCAAGUCACAAUGAAGAGCAAAGCAAAAGGAAUACGAAUAAUCCAUGAUGGUGCUGACGAGCUCAUGAACGAGACAUUAUAUGGUGAUAGCAUUAGGCUUCAACAGGUGUUGGCUGACUUCUUAUUGGCUUCAAUAAACUUCACUCCAAACGGAUGCCAGCUUACUGUUGCAGCUAAGUUUACAAAAGAUCAGUUAGGACAGUCUGUACAUCUCGUGCAUCUUGAACUCAGGAUAACACACGCUGGUGGUGGGAUACCAGAAUCAUUACUGAACCAAAUGUUCAGUAGUGAAGGUGUUGUUUCUGAUGAGGGCAUCAGUCUGUUUGUGAGUCGAAAGCUGACGAAGCUUAUGAACGGGGAUGUACAAUACUUAAGGGAAGCCGGGAGGUCGAGUUUUAUCAUAUCAGUUGAACUUGCAGCCAGCCAAAAAGCUCGAGCCUAACCGACUUGAAAGGAUGUAAGAUAUGACCAUCUGUUAGUGCAGGGAGAAAUUUGCAGAAAUGCAACUGUCCUCUUUGUUAUAAUUUGUGUUUUUUCUCAAGUUUGUAGAAAAUGUGCGAGUUAACAAACUCUUACAUCCUUUUGUUCAACAAAGUUUGCAUCUUUUAUGAAUAAGGCAUAAAAUAGUUGCUUGUUCAUUCUUCA